UGAUCAAGAAAGUCUAUAGAGUUCUGGGACUUUUCAUACCACGUUUCUUCCAUCCCUCCCUCCAUCUUCCUCUCAAUGCCUCAAAGAUAGAGUCUUAUCCAUUCUUUAAUUCAAGAAUAUAAUGGAGAACCUCAUUAAACUCCAUGGCUACCUGUUUUGGUACCUCCUUCUUAUCCCAACUCUCACCAUAGCUAUCCCUGUUGACACCAUCACUCCCACACAACCUCUCACAGAAAACCAGACUUUAGUAUCCGCCGGUGACCUCUUCGAAUUGGGUUUCUUCCGACCCGACAACUCAGGUAAACUUUACGUUGGAAUCUGGUACAAGAGAAUCUCAGUCAAGACCAUUGUUUGGGUGGCUAACAGAGACAAACCUGUGAGAAAUAGCUCCGGAAUCUUGGAAAUUGGCGAGGAUGGUAAUAUCCAAUUGGUGGACACGACAGGGAAUCCAAUGUGGUCGUCGUCAAACCAGUCCACGGCGAGAAACACAGUCGCCCAGCUCCUGGAUUCCGGGAACUUUGUUCUUCGCCAAGAAAACGAUGAAAACCCAGGGAAUUAUCUCUGGCAAAGCUUUGAUUACCCGACGGACACGUUGUUGCCUGGAAUGAAGCUAGGAUGGGACGCUAAAACGGGGCGAAACCGAUACGUUUCGUCGUGGAAAAGCUCAACCGAUCCCUCCGAGGGCGAUUACACCUUCAAGCUGGACAUCAAUGGCUCCUCCCCAGAAGCUUACUUGAGGAACAGAGACAAAAUCAUUCACCGCAGUGGCGCUUGGAAUGGCGUCCGGUUUAGCGGCGCCCCGGGGAUUGGAACGGAAGGAUUCAUCGCUUCCUCUUUCGUGAAGACAAAACAAGAAAUUUACUACACGUUCGAGAUUCAGAACAGGACUUUAUACUCGAGAUUGCUGGUGAAUCACACCGGGUAUCUUGAGCGGUCGACAUGGAUUGAAGCGAAUCGGAUUUGGAACGUUUUCUGGUUCGGGCCGAGAGACCAGUGCGACUACUACAAAGAAUGUGGUACGUUUGCGAUUUGCGACACCAAUGAUUCCCCGGUGUGCGAAUGUUUGGUCGGGUUUAAGCCCAGAAACCAACAGGCCUGGGAUUUGCGCGACGGGUCGGAGGGGUGUUUCCGGUACCACGAAUUGGUGUGCGAAACGGACGGGUUUUUAACGUUGGAGUACAUGAAGUUGCCGGAGACUACAACGGCGGCGUUUGUGGAUGCGGCGAUGAGUUUGGAUGAGUGUAAGGAAAUGUGCGUUAGGGAUUGCUUCUGCACGGCCUACACUAACUCCAAUAUCAGCGGCGGCGGGUCGGGAUGCAUUAUCUGGACGGCGGAGCUUGUGGAUAUGCGGCGGUUCUCGGCGGGGAGCGGCCAACCUUUCUACGUCCGGGUGGCUGCUUCCGAUGCAGAUAAAAAUGGGGAUGUUGCAACAACUGGAGAUGGUGAUUCUGGCAAGACCAAAAAGAUAAUCUUAGGUUGUGGCAUCACACUUGGCAUUGUCCUUUUUCUACUUUUUGUAUUUUUUCAAUUGAAGAGAAGAAAAUCAGUAAGAGUUAAUAAUAGGAGAACAACAGAGUUUAGAGGAGAAAGAGGAGGGGAUCAUCUAAUGAAUGCAAUUGCUAUCUCAAAUAAGCGAGAGCUUUCUGGGGAAACCAUUACAACGGAUGAGUUUGAAUUACCAGUCUUUGAUCUUAGCACCAUUGUUAUGGCAACUGACAACUUUGCCAAUGCAAAUAAGUUAGGGCAAGGUGGUUUUGGUUCUGUUUACAAGGGAAUACUGGUUGGAGGUGAAGAAAUAGCGGUAAAGAGACUAUCAAAGAAUUCGGGACAAGGAGUAGAAGAAUUCAAGAAUGAGCUUAGAUUGAUUGCAAGACUCCAACAUAGAAAUCUAGUCCGGCUUCUUGGUUGUUGUGUUGAUAAUGAGGAGAAAAUGCUAGUAUAUGAAUACAUGGAAAACAAGAGCCUGGAUUCCAUUUUAUUUAAUAAACAUAAGAGCUCACUGCUUGACUGGAAAACGCGCUUCAACAUCAUUUGUGGGAUUGCUCGUGGACUUCUAUAUCUCCACCAAGAUUCGAGGUUUAGAAUUAUUCAUAGGGAUCUCAAAGCAAGCAAUAUUCUCCUCGACAAAGAAAUGAAUCCCAAAAUAUCCGACUUUGGCAUGGCAAGAAUUUUUGGGGGCGAUGAAACAGAAGCAAAUAACACAAUAAGAGUGGUUGGAACAUAUGGUUACAUGUCGCCUGAAUAUGCAAUGGACGGUCUGUUCUCAGUGAAAUCCGAUGUUUUUAGCUUCGGAGUUCUGGUGCUAGAAAUAGUGACGGGGAAGCAUAAUCGAGGCUUCUACAAACAAAACAACGAAGAAAACCUUCUUGGGCUCGCAUGGAGAUUGUGGAGAGAAAGAAGAGGGUUGGAACUGCGAGAUUCAACUAUGAUUUCAGAAGCAUAUUCAGAAUGGGAUGAUCAAGUAAUGAGAAGCAUACAAGUAGGGUUGUUAUGUGUCCAGGAGAAAGCUGAAGAUAGACCAAAUAUGGCAACUGUGAUGUUUAUGUUGAGUAGUGAAGGGGCCUUGCUUCCACAGCCUAAACAGCCAGGAUUUUGCCUGGGGAAUAAUGCUGCCAUAACAAAUUCAUCUUCAAGUAAUCAUAAUCAUCAAACUCUCUCUUUGAAUCAGCUUACAGUAACUGCACUACAUGGAAGAUAAUGACCGUUGUACUUGAACGGGCAGUUCAAUUCGUUCUUGGGUGGUAGAUUGUUGGCAAGAUCGAUAAUGGUCAUUGUGACAUGGUUUGUAGGGAGAGUUACAACAUUUGUAAGUGAAUGCCAAUAAUGUAAGAUACAAUUUUUAUUGUGUAAUUAAGAAAGGUGAUGGACAUUUU